AUGGAGCGCGCGCUCAAGUUCCUCAUUUGCGAACUGACAAUCACUGCGGACAAACGAGAAGUCUGGAUAGCUGACGGCCCUGGAGCGGUGGUGGUCAACGCAGAGAAGGCCGCUACUGGGUACGGUGAUGCCAUUGUUGGCACACUUAUCACUCAAGAGUUUUCCAGUGCACUUAGAGUUACGCUGUCUGCCGACGAAGACUUUGCUUUCGUCAGUCAGGAGUACGGAACCAAUGUGACCCAGAAACGGGGCGCGAUCCAGGUAUUCAAAGUGAGUCGGUUUGAAAAUCGUACUGUGUCGGGCACAUAUAUUGGCAAGAUUGUGCUCGAAUACUCGGUCGUCGGCUCCGCCUUGUCUGGCGAUGGGCAGACCCUAUUCGUUGUCAGCGAGGCCACACGAGCAUCAUUGCUCGUGAACCAAACCAGGGGUGUCGUCAGCGCUCUGGACGUUGCAACCCUCAAGACUGAUCCAUCUAUGGCUCUACGGGCCAGAGUUGAUGCCGGCUGCCAGGCCGUACGUAUUGUAACAUCGCCGGAUGGGCGGUAUGUCUGGGUCACAGCACGGCAAAGCAAUCAGCUCGUCGUCUUUGAUGCGGCGAAGCUGGCGGCCAACCAGACAGACGAUGCUCUGGUAGCCAAGAUUCAGGUCGGCACGUCGCCGGUCGGACUCACUUUUGUCCAUGGCGGUCGGUAUAUCAUCACCGCUGACACGAACAGAUUCAAUUACACCGGCGCCACAUCGGGUUUGACAGUCGUUGAUGUUCAGAAAGCGCUAAAUGGCGCGCAAGGAUUCCCUCGCAUUCCUUCGGGGUUGUUUCCUCGCGCAUUUGCUGUCAGUCCAGAUGGGAAUACGGUGCUGGUGUCUCAAUAUGAUAGCCAAGCGGUCCAAGCAUUAGACAUCAGAGACUUAGAUGCUAUGAUCGGGUCAAGUAGAGAAAGCCAGGUCGAGAAUGUACCGGCGCCGAAGGAGGACCUAGAGGCCGUUGUGCGGCAGGCGAGGGAGACAUUUGGCGAUACUCUACCGCAAGGAUACCUGUCGCAGGACGAGUACAGGCUGUAUGAGAGACUGUAUGGCGCCCCGCUGCGCGACACCCGCCUGGAGGAUGUUGGGAUCCCAGACGCAGGCGAAAAUGUUAUUGACAGCGACCUGUCCAAGAAUACGCUACUGCGCGAGACCGAGAGUGGUGAAUUCGAAGAGGUAGAAUACUCCCUAGAAGAUGGGACCACGGAGUUCGAGGAGAUCGUAACCGAGGAAGGCAUUGUGCAACUUCAGCCACCAACAGAAGCACAACUUCAUCGCAUCAAUGCUGUGGCUAAGAACCAGCGGGAGUACGACGCGCUUAUAAAACUCAGGGCAGACUUCGAAGCUGCUAGUCUCAGGCCAAUAGAGGAAGAGGAAGAUAUCGAGGAGGAGCAGGAGGAGCCAGAAGAGGAAGAAGAGGAAGAUGAAGAUGAAGGCGAACCAGAUGCUACUUUUCUCGACUGGCCAGAACAUACGGGUCCGCGAAUGCAUCAGUACAGCCUUGAAGGGAAGUUUCGGACCAGUCCGAGCACUUUACAUUUACCAAAGGUGGACUUUGUAACGCCUAUCACGGAGCUGUUGAAGAGAACAGACACUACCCAUAUUCGGCAAACUGCUGAGAAGGCGUUCGGAGGACCGGGUCUGCCUUUCUCUCCAGCAACGCCGAAAUCUGGGAACAGAUUGCCACAGAAGCCCGUCACCAUGGAAGCGAGUCACCACAAAAUGUCCGAAAUAGAGGCAGAUACCUAUAUUUCGACCGUUCUUCCUGGAGUUUAUGCCUCCGUCACCAGCACUUUGGUAGAAGUGCGCAAACGUCUGGGCUCAGAGUGGCUACAAGAUUUGAUGUUUCGCACUGACGCGCAGGGCCGCGGCCCUAGGGUGCUAGAUGCUGGAGCUGGAGGAGCUGGGCUGGCAGCAUGGCAAGAGGUCCUUCAAGCAGAAUUCGAGUUGAUGCGUGAUGAUGGCAUGAUUUCCGGGCUCGAGCCUCCUGGAAAGAAGACUGUUGUCGUGGGCUCUGAUCAUCUACGACACAGGAUAUCCCGGUUUCUUCAUAACACCACAUUUCUACCCCGUUUACCUGAUUAUCUCCACUCUGCUGAGAACGCGGAGCGUCAUAUUGAUCAGGGCGGUACGCCUCAGCCUCGAAAGACUUACGAUCUCAUCAUUGCGACCCAUAUGUUCAUGCCUUUGGAAAAGUCCUGGAGGAGACACGAAUUACUGGACAACCUUUGGUCAAUGUUGAACCCGGAGGGGGGUGUACUCAUUAUUCUCGAGAAAGGGCAUCCUCGCGGCUUCGAGGCUGUAGCUGAUGCGCGGGACAGAUUGUUGAACGAGUUCAUAAUUCCGCCUUCGACGCUUUCCGAGCCUGAGGUUAUUGAGAGUGAAACAACGAGAGUGCGUGAGCCAGGCAUGAUAGUGGCUCCUUGCACCAAUCACUCGAAAUGCCCAAUGUACCUAACUCCUGGGCUGAGUCACGGGCGGAAAGACUUCUGUCACUUCAGCCAGCGCUUCAUCCGACCACCGUUCUUGCAGAGGGUUCACGGGGCCACCCAUCGCAAUCACGAAGACAUCGACUUCAGCUUCAUUGCCGUGCGGCGUGGCGUGCCCACAAAUAAUGCAAAAAUGGCUCCUGGAAUUGAUCAGAUUGCCCAGGGAACUGAGGCCACUGACCGCGCUUUUGCAGGUUAUGACAACGUACCAGUGGACUCUCCCGAGCGUCCUCAGUCGCUUUCAUUGCCUCGUAAUGUUCGUGCACCGAUCAAGCGGCAUGGCCAUGUCACGCUUGAGCUCUGCACUCCAGCCGGCCAGAUUGAGCGUUGGACCGUCCCUCGUUCAUUCAACAAGCAGGCAUAUCACGAUGCGCGGAAGGCCCAAUGGGGAGAUCUCUGGGCCCUUGGGGCGAAAUCCCGAGUCCGGCGAGACGUUCGUCUUGGGAAGGGAGGCGUAAAGCAAGAUGGAGGUGUCCGUGCUCGAGCUGCAGCUGAAAGUGCCGGAGCGAAGAACCCAAGAGUCGUCGAACUCGACAUGGGAGACAAUGGAGUUUAUGCUGCCAGAGAGAAAUCCCGGAGACGUGUGGCGCCUGAACGGCGAACCAAGGGCGGUCGAAAGCCCAAGAUGCGAGACCUCCUCAAGGAGCUGGAGGAACAAGAGCAGUAA